AUGGCAACAUAUAAAUGUUAUUUUAUAUUAUUAUUGAUGAUUAUAUUCAUGUUAAAUAAAAUCAAUAGUCAAACAUUAUCAACUGUACCAUGCAAACCUGUUUUAGAUGAUUAUUUUAAAUAUUUAACUGACCGACAUCCUGGUCGAAGUCGUUAUUUACAUAUUCAAGCUACAUUUAUAUUACAAAAUAGAUAUGUUGCAUAUUAUACUGGAUAUCUUAGUUAUUUUAGAUCAUCUAAUUCAAUAAGUGGUACAGUAACUGUAUCAUUUAGUGAUCGAAUGUGGACUCCACCAUGUGGUUUAACUUUUUGUCCCCCUCAAAAUUUUGAUUAUAAAAAGACUGAUACACAAACUAUUGUAAUUAAUAGAUUAGGUGCUAUUAAAUAUAUUUUAAAUAGUUGGGGUAAUGCAAUAAUUAAAGAUCAAUUACAAUGUUAUGGUAUAAAUGAACCAUUUUAUACAGCACCAACAAGACAAGCAGCAUCAAUGUUUGUAAUGACAUUACAAAAAGUAGAAUCUUUUAUAACAAAAUAAUAAUUCUAUUCAAAAAUCAUGUACUACAGCAUUGAAAACAAAACCUUUUAAUAAUUAAUUCAUUUCAUUUUUCUUUCUACAAAGUUCAUAUUCUUUUUUUUAUAUUUUAUUUUAUCUAAUAAACUUUCAAUCAUCAGAAAAAUGCUUUCUAUACAAUAAACAAUAUUUAUAAAGAAUACAAAAAAAAAGUUUUGCAGCUGUUUAUCAAUAACAAUAUGGUUUACAUCAGUAUUUUUUUUACAUAAAAUACAAUCCAUACCUGAUUGUACAGUACUCAUCAAAAGUUCUAGGACAAACUUUUGUCUUUCACAAUAUUUUCUUAAGAGGCUACAGUGAGGAAAUAAUAAUACAAUUUGAUAGAUCUAGUAGUCAUUUCUCACAUGAUAUAUCACAUUACGAAUGAAGGCUUCUACAGCAACUUCUGUAAGAUUCAAUAUUAGCAAACUGUAACAAAGUUCUGAGAUAAAGUAGAGAUAUUCUACUGGAUAUCGAGCAUUUUAUGCAAAAAUUCGUUCGAUCAAGCUGAAAAUUCCAGGAUUUAUAUUCUAUAGUAAGGUGAUAUUAUCUGGAAAAUUAAAAAAAAACCAUCAAUAUCAUGCUUUCCUAAAGCCUACAAUAAUGACACUACUAGACAUGUAAUGAUUAAGUUGUGAGGUCUCUUUAGAGGAUGUUAUUAAUUAAUCUUUAUUUUCUUUUUACGCUCAGUCAAUGACGCGUUUCUUCCGAUUAAUUGAUCUUUUGCUGAGAACUCACG